CCGAUAUCUGAUUUUGACAAUCUGUCCCACUUUUACUUGACGAUUAUUUGUGAUAUUCGGUCGUUAGCUGUUCCUGCGAAUAGUGGGAAAACGCGUCGGCCAGGCGCAAAAGGCACAAGGCAGGAGCAGCACGGGCAAGAGCUCAGCAUCCCCAAAAGGACUUUAUUGAUCACGAAACGGCACGCAUUCCACACCCGUCUCACCCUUUUCGGAAAAUGUCACCAUCCGGCGCGGGUUCCCUCUCGGAAAAUCACAAAAUUCGAACGUAACCGACCGGAAAAACCAUGUAGCAACAAAAUGGCGACUUCCAGUGACGGAACCAGACUCAAAAACCGCUUCAAAUGGUGGAAAUUCUACCUGCAAGCAGACUACUACAAAAAUCUAAACGUCGCGAAGUGUACCUGAUCAAAUCCUUGUUGAAUGUUUUCAAUUUAUUUCGUGUUUCUUAGUUGGAGGAGUUUUUUGUAAUUCACAUUUCUGAUAUACGCACAAACUCAAAAAUGUUUCCGUUAAAAUCGAAUAAUUUGUUUUUAUUGUGAUUCGCAAAUUGCUUGGGAAUUGGUUUUUGUUGGAGUUUAUUGUGACUAAAUUUCGUGUCACUCAAACCAUGGUGGAUUUAGGUGGAUAUGUAAUAAUUUUGGUAGAAACCAAGGAGAAAAAGAUUAAACUAUAUGGUUCACCUGCUGACAAUGACAAUUUGGAAAUUGGGGAUGAAAUUUUGGAAGUUAAUGGUAAAACCUUGGACGACGCUUCUCAUACGGAAGUAAUCAGUCAUAUCCAUCAGUGUAUUAGAUCCCGAACAAUAUGUUUACGUGUGAAAAGGAGAACCGGGGCCCGAUUGGCUGUGGACUUAGACUUGUGUUCGAACAAUGUUCAAGAUGCCUUCGUUAUCGCCGUGGAGCAACAAGCCAGAGAACGCCUGGAAAGGCUCUCUGCCCUCAAACGAAUUACGCCCAUCGAUAUGAACAAGCUGUCUCAACAAUUAAAUCAGACGACAUCUUCAGGCGAAGAACUAAACGGUUUCAUAAAAAACUCCUCGAUAUACGUAACUUCUUUGACCGCCACUGGAAAUUUAAACAACAACAGCACCGCAAACAGGGCAGGAGGAAGAGGUGGAGGCAGCGUAUUAGGCACCACCACAGCAGUUGUGGCCGUCAAUAGAGACACAGUCACUACUUCCAAACAAUUGCACAACGGACGGGAACCUGCAAAUGAGCUGCUCGCGAAGGAACCAAACGUCGAGAACACCAACAACGAGGUACUGGCCAAGGUGCCGAACGAUGUUAGAGCGGCUACACAGAGUGAACUCCUGAAUGCGUGCGAAAGUCCGGUUCACAGCAAAAAACUUGGAGAUCGACGGAGUUCUUCUCCUUUCCAGAAUGGACGAACUGAGCUCUUGUUAGCUACAGACGACAAUAAUAAAGUGAGAACCACGGCUAUUGUGGAAAGCAAUAAUAAUAAAUUGAGCGUUGACCUCGAAAACAGACCUCGUCGACGCUCGGGAAGCAGUAUAGUGGUCCUCGACGGAGAUUUAGAGCCUGUGAAAAAGCAUCCCGACCUCGAGCUCGACGACAGCCUAGAGUACAAUAACAUGGUGAUGAUGAUCCCUACUGAUAAUGGACCUCACCGGGAGAUGGCUGUCGACGUGCCGGACACGUUCAUUGCUAGGAAUAAAACGCCACCUAGGUAUCCACCGCCGAAACCUAUUAUCCAGAGUGGUCCGAACGAUAGUUCUGUCUUCCAUUCGCCCGAAACCGUCGCAACAAAACCCGUACCUCCUCCGAGGGAUCACCUCAAAAUAGAAAAGGAUGGCAGGAUUAUCAAUAGGGCACCUGCACCGCAACUACCUGCUCGGAUCACCAACAAUAACAUCACUUCCCCAAUUAAUAACGCCACCAGCGCGGUCAAACCACCCCAAGUAGUCGAACCCACGAAGGAGCAGUUGGAUAGUAUCAAUAAAUAUCAGGAACAAAUUCGUAAACGGAAAGAAGAGGAGGAUCGGCUUGCCGCUCAAAAUGAGUUCCUCAAUAGAUCACUGCGUGGUUCGCGAAAGCUACAAGCACUGGAAAAUAAACCCUAUGGGUCUGUUAACGAUGCCUAUGAAGAUGAAGCUCAAGACUCCUCCAGAUCGAGUACUCCGGGUCCAAGAGGAGAGAAGGAACUCGUCCAUGUGUCGUACGCUUACGGCGACUUGGUAGCAUCCAUCCAACGCUUCCAACUUCAACUAAAGAAAGCUUGCUCAAGCGGGGGCCUUGGUGGAUUAGAAGGGCGUAUCGCUGCCAUCCAGUCCCUCCUUCUAUCACCCCAAUUUGGUCGUGCCCUCGCUGUCCAUAACAAAGUUCAGUCGGUGAGGUCAAGAACCACGCCUAGGCCAAUGCCUAACGCUCAGACUGCCCUCAAGGACUGCCUUGAUACAAUUGGACAUUCUCAAAGCGCUUAUGCCAUGGAAUUGGUUGCCUUAUUGACUGGUUAUGAAUUUGAAGCCUUAAUGGCUGCUCACGAUGGCGUGACUUCUGCGUUACCGACUGAUUCAACUUCUCCCACGCCAUCUACCGCUGAAACGGUGCCUCUCUCUAUGACAGAUCGUAGGUAUGGGGAGAAUAACAUUAAGGUUAUAAAAAUAGAAAAAAGUACUGAACCAUUAGGUGCCACGGUGAAGAAUGAUGGAGAAGCCGUAGUAGUAGGAAGGGUAAUUCGUGGUGGAGCAGCAGAUAAAAGCGGUCUUCUCCACGAAGGUGACGAAAUUCUUGAAGUUAACGGCAUUGAGAUGCGCGGAAAAAGCAUCAAUGCUGUCUGUGAUAUUUUGCAAACGAUGGAAGGCACGCUGACCUUCCUAAUUAUUCCCGCUUCACAAGUUCCACGACACAAUAACAGGGAUAACUUCCUUCACGUCAGGGCACAUUUUGACUAUGAUCCUGAAGAAGACAUGUACAUACCUUGUCGAGAACUGGGUAUCGGAUUCCAAAAGGGUGAUGUACUGCAUAUCAUUAGCCAAGAAGAUGGUAAUUGGUGGCAGGCGUACAGGGAGGGAGAAGAAGAUCAGACAUUAGCAGGCCUGGUACCUUCACAAUCAUUCCAACACCAACGAGAAAACAUGAGGUUAGCAGCCGAGGAACGAAUGUCUAAACCUCAAAGAAAAUCAACAACCCUACUUUGUGGUAAAACGAACAAACGAAAAAAGAAGAAAGGAGCAUAUGCCGACGGUGGUUACCCGAUGUACGCCAACAACGUUGACGAGUAUGAUCCCGACGAAAUUUUGACAUACGAAGAAGUAUCUUUGUAUUACCCACGAGCCAACAAUAAAAGGCCGAUUGUGUUAAUUGGCCCGCCCAAUAUAGGCAGGCAUGAACUGAGGCAAAGAUUAAUGGAAGAUAGUGAAAGAUUUGCUGCUGCCAUACCACAUACUUCCCGAGCCCGUAAAGAAAACGAAGUCGACGGCCAGGAUUAUCAUUUCAUCACGCGAGCCCAAUUCGAAGCCGAUAUUCUUUCCAGAAAGUUCGUGGAACACGGGGAAUACGAAAAAUCCUACUACGGUACAUCCCUAGACGCAAUAAGGUCCGUAGUGACUUCUGGAAAAAUAUGCGUGUUGAAUUUGCAUCCGCAGAGUUUGAAGAUACUGAGAACUUCGGACUUGAAGCCAUAUGUAGUGUUCGUAGCGCCACCUAGUCUUGAAAAAUUAAGGCAAAAGAAAAUUAGAAAUGGUGAAUCUUAUAAGGCAAAAGAACUGAAAGAUACCAUUGAAAAAGCCAGAGCCAUGGAAGAAAAAUACGGUCACUUUUUUGAUCUUAUUAUAAUAAAUAAUGAUACAGAAAGGGCGUAUCACCAAUUACUUAAUGAAAUUAAUAGUUUAGAACGGGAACCUCAGUGGGUGCCAGCUGCGUGGGUAAAGGGGUGCUAGAAAACGCCAUUUUGCAUAAGUUCGGGUACAGCCCAAAUUCGAACUGAUUUUUCUAUUAUUAGUUUCCGAAAAGUAAUUUUCCUGUUAAAUAUGUGAUUAAAAUUACUGCAGACUGAUAUCGCAAGAUUUUCUUGGAAUUAACAAUUUGAUGACUAUUGAAUAUAAAAAAAUAUAAUUACCUAAUCGUUUGUGUUUCUCAAUUUGGAGAAACCAAAACAUAUUAUGCUCAAUAUAUGCCAUUAUUAGUAUUUAUCGACAUAUAAUUAUUUUUUGUCUUUCUGGAAAAAUUUAACUAUUUCUCUAAUGGUUUUAUUUUAAAAGAUUAGCUUCAUCAGUUUUAAAGGCUUAUUAUCAGGAUACUUCAAUGUUGGUAGAACGCAUUGUUUGAAAACAUGUAUUUUUAGAUAUUGUAGAUUUUUAGACUUAAAAUUUAAGAGUGAGAGUAAUUUUUCGAAACCCUUCAAUUGCAACUGCACCUGAUCCUUGCAACUUCUGAUUCUUUACUAUCUUAUUUAUAUAUUUCAUAUCUUAGAUAGAUGUACUCUUGAAUUACCUUGACUGUUUCUCGAUUAUCAAGUGAGAAUUAGUAGUUGACCAAUGUUUGACAUCAUUUGUUUUGGCAAUUUUCACCUUGAGAUCACGGGCUAUGGAAUCUUACAGUAGAUCUAACACCAAAUCGUCCAUUUCUUCUGGCAUUAGCAAAUCGUAAAUUAGUAAAAAUAUUCUAAAUAGAAAAAUAUUCGCCAUUUUAUUACUGUUAAUUUUUUGCAGCCGAAUGUCUUAAAUAUACUUUCAAGAGCUUUAAUUUAUAACUUUGGUGAAAUUGUAUUCUCUUUUAUCCUAGAUAUCGUUCAAUUCUUAUUCAAUUUGAUUAGCUGUCAUUUGCUGCGUUUGAAUAUCCAUUAGGGAUGAGCACGAUGUAUCAAUGUUUAGGUUUCGAUUAUCGAUGUUCAACAUCGAUGUUUUGUAAUCCGAUGUUAUUAGUUAACAUCGAUUUUUCAAUAAACAUCGAUGAUUUUUCAAUGUUUUUUGUUUUUUUGUCAAGCGACACGUUUCAUUUGAUGGUUUGAAUUCCUUUUUUUCUUUUUUUUUGCUCUUCAAUGAACGCUUUUGGCAAACAUCGAUGUUUACAGACACAUCGAUGUAUGGAAGAUAUUUAGAAAAAUCGAUAUUUUCUUUUCCGGUUUUUUUACAACAUCGAUAGUCUGCAUUCGAUGUAUCAUUUGUUGUCAACAUCGGUUUUAAAAAAUUUGCGCAUCCCUAAUAUCCACAUCCGAUGCAUUUUUUUACAUCUCAAGCGUUUGUUUAUCCUCAUCGGACACAUCUACAUCUGCGUUUGUUUAUCCGAGAUGUAGCUGUCCAGAUUACAUUUUUUUACAUCUCGAUUUGAAAUGAGAUCUGAAUGAGAUGUUCGUUCCAUGCCAGAAAGUAGGUGUUCUGUAAAGCUAAGUUUAUCGAUUUAUCCUUUGUUUAUGCUAGCGUGAAUAUAAAAGUGAUUAGUGUGUUUAAUUUUUGUUUAGAUUUCAAAAUUAUGUUGAUUUCUAGUCUCAAAAGUCAAAUUUAAAUAAUAUAAAUUUCCAACUUGUCAUUGUUAUUUUAUCACGUGACCAAUAAACUCUUAGAGUGUUUAUUACAUCUACAUUUAGAUAUAAUCCUCUAUCACGUGAUAAAAAAUUCACAUCUCGGAUUAAAUAGUUCUAUUGUUGAUAUAGACAUAUAUUCUGUCGACUUGAAACCUUCUCAGGGUUAAACGCUAAUUCCAUCCUUAGAGGUAACCACCCAUGAUUAUGACCCCGAGUCACAAAUGCUCGACUCUGUGGUCGCCGAAUGAAGCGAGUUUCAGAGUCCACUGCGCCGAUUAAUUUACACUUACAAACUUAGUUUAAUAUUCUUCCUUUUCCAGCACUGUACACAUUGACUUUCUAAAUCUUAAAUAACUUAAACGAUUAGUGAUGAUAUCGAACAGUAUAAAUUUAAGAUUUAGGCUUCGCUAAUGCUGAGAAUAACACAAAAUUAGUAUCAACAGCUUUAAUUCUGCAUCUUUUCAAAUAAACAUGAAUAUUUUUUGUAUUCAUUUUAAAAUUCCAAAUUGUUAAUUUUACGAAAAGAGCCCACGUGAGAAUCGGUACUUACCGUAUAAAGUUUUAAAAAUUAAUCAAGCUUUAUAUCCAUGUAAAAGUGAUACUUUCCUCUAUAAAAAAGUAAUAAAAUAUACAGGAAACGUAAGGGGGACUUGAUAAAAUGAGACGGCAAUAAUGACUGUAUAUAUUUUAAAUGUAUAAUCGUAAAAAAUGUUCAAACUAUCUGUUUAUAGUUAUGUAUAUCUAGUAACUCGAUUGUGUAUAUAAUAUACAUAUAUAAAUAAAGACCUAAAUGGCAGAUUAUAUCACGAUAUUUGCUAAACAGUUUGAACCAAAUUUUGAAUUUUUUAGACGACCACAGUAGCACUUAUGUUAGAACGAAAGUGCGUUUUGAAUUUUGAACAUUUUCAGUAUCUGAAAAUAAAGUGUAUAGCUUUUUAUCGUGACAUACACUGUUUAUUCACAGGGCGAUCCAAGAGACAAAAAUAUCGUUUUUAAAUAAAAAGCUACAAAUGUGGGGCGAAUAUCGAUUUGGUGUGUACAAAAUCUUACAAUAUAGUAUAUUUUUAAAAUAAUAUAUACCUACAGUAAGUGGCUGAAAAAAAUUGUUUUAUUUUUGAUCCUGUAUAGUUAUUUUAAAAGAAUUAUUAACUUUUUUGGAUCACCCUGUUUCGUAUAAUCCGUAGAUAAAGAAAUCGACUUAACUAAUCGCUCAGAGAUUUUAAUUGAUGUUAGAAAAGAAUUAUUAUCAAAAGUAUAUAAAAUAUGCAAAUUAGGUACACCGUGUGUCUAAAUAUAUUUAAAACGAAAUAUAUCCCCAAAUGUCAUAUUUUUGUAUAACUUUUUACAGGAUAAUUAUCGUCAUUAUAGUGAAAACCACGGCCUAGCUAAAAUUUUGUUUUUCUUUUAAAAUUAUACGGAACUAUUUUAAUAACUUAAAGAGGAUCAAGUCUUAACGUUUUCCUUUGCCGUUUCAUAAAAAUAGCUCGAAUGAUUUGAAAACUUCGAUAAUAAUCUAGUAGUAGUAAUAGUUACAUCAGCAAUUAGUUCAUUUUUCUUAGUGUAGAGAUUUGUCAAUAACAUAAAAUUAAACAUUCCUAAAAGAGGUACGUAUCUUUACCAAGCCCAGCAUCUAUGGAUUAUGGACUUACGAUUUUACGUCUUCUUUGAUUGACGGCAUACCUAAACUAUAUGUCGUACUCAGUGAUAUAGCGCGAGCGAGCUGUGAUCACCUAAAGCUACGGUCUUUUAGAACAGUGCGCGACGUACGCGUACGGCAGAAUCUGUCGCGUUCGACUCACGUCAGUUUUAGUAGAAGUUGUUUGUUACAAUAUAUAUCAGUUCAACCUGUUCUGUUGAUACAUGCAGACGAAAAUGAGUUCCCAUGAAUUAAAUAACGCGUAGGUAGCGAAUAUUUUAAUGGAAGAAGACGAAGAAGAAUUGUUUUUAAAUCUGCGUAUGGUGGGAAUAAGCACAUAAGUCAAGUUAAAUAUUUUUAUUAACUUAAAUUCAGCCUCAAUAACUACAAACACAUGACUAUGUAAAAUCACAUAAGUCAGUAAUGAAGCAUAAAGAUGUUAGAAAUGAUUGUGUAUUUAAAGUGCGGUGUUAUGCGGUGGGUACAAUAAUAUAAAUCACCGUUAUGUGAUUUCACUCUUCUUGACUUACCUUUGUUUUUUCUUCUUCUUUAGUAGUACAUUUUUAACAUCCUUUCAUAACAACGCUGGAUUUCAGCCACCGUGGGCAAGCGCUCAUUAGACUGUGAGUUUUGCGUCGAACACUGUCCUAACAAAGCGUAGCUUAAGUACUAAGGCAGUUUCUUUUAUCAUGUGCCGAUAUUGCUAUAUUCUAAACCGUAAAAAUUACGAAGAUGAUUAAAUAGGAAAAAGUGGAAAAUUUUGUGUAAUAUUACAUUGGUUGAAAAAAAUUCUAGUCAUUCUACAGUCACAGUCAUUGUCAUUGUCGAGUUAUAUAGUAAAAACCAAUAAUGUAACUUUUGUUUUUGUGAAAAAAACUGUAUUUAAAAUAAUAUCAAAAAAUGGAAAAUAAAAAGUAUAUUUGCUACAAAAUUUGCUAUAACGGCGUACCAUUAAAUCAUCGACCUGAAUAGUUAUAAGCAAUUAGUACAUUCCGUACAGUACACCUACACCAAAUUGUGUCGUACAUUACAAGUUCAAUUCUACGACUAGAUCGAGCGACAUCAAGUCAGCGAUGCCCAGGUCAGUACUGUAAUAACAACUGUAAUCGUACGUACAUAUUUUCGUAUUAUAUUCACACGUAGUGUAAUGCCCAUGUAAUGGUAGAUUGUACUACCCGUACAGUAAAAUUUUACACCACACAUUAAAGUGCGUCGCACAUUUUGUACAACUGCUUCUCAUUUCUAGACCUGACGUUUCGAUGUUAUGGUUUAAAAUAUAGUAAUGUUGGCACAUAAUAACAAAAACACCCAGUAUAUUUAUCUUGUAAUUUGAAGAGUGACUCCAUAAUAUGCUUAUAUUUGACGUUUUAACAGAACAGAGUAAGACUGAUCCUCGCACUGCAAAUAAAUCACAUCCUUACUUCAAAAGUGACACAACUCAAAAUUCAAAUCUUUUUGAUUUAAUGGAAUUAGUGAAAAAAAUCUAUAUCAAAACCUCAAAAAUGACAAUGCCAUUUAGACGAGUCUCUUCUAAUUUUGAGGAUUGGUUUAGGGUUGUUUGCUAAUCACAUUCAUGGUAAUAACUUAAAAGAUGUUGUGAAUUUUAUGUUGUGUGGCUUUAGAAGCAAGAGUGAGAAAUAUUUCAGUUCAUAAUCAAAAUUUUAUUCAACGUAAAACCAACUUUUGACACACAUUGUAUCUAAUUUGUCUAAAAUUAUAGAUAUAUUUUUAUCCAUCACAUUCUAAUUAUAUAUUUUAAAUUUAAUAAUGCUACAUACAUGCAAUCGUAAUAUAUACUUUUUUUUAAUUAAUAGAUAAUACCAUAAAGAUAAAUAUUGGUAAAGUGCCAAAAAUCAUAGAAAAUAUCAAUUUUCGUCUAGGGUACAGUAAUAAUUGUUUUUCAAAUUGUCCUAAAAUAUUUUUCCAAUGUUUGUGCAAGAAACGAUACUUUUAAAGCUGUUUUACAGUGAAAUAAACGUAUUUUAUUGCACUAGUGCAUGAUACUUAGGAGAGCUUAAGGUUAAUGUUCAGUUAGAAGAGGUAAAUAUUAGGAAUAAUAAACAUUGGAAUCAAGGGAAUGACCUAUCAUCGACGCUCUCGUUUUCAGCUAGCAUUCCACAUUUACUAUAAAUAGGUUAAAACUAGCCAUAAAUUAAUUUUUUCCCGAAUAUUUGAUACUUUGUAAUCAGUCGAUUACCUAAAAGUGUGGUUACUGAUCAAUCUUUAACGUAUAAUUAAUAAUUCUCUAUAAAAUAAACUCAUGCUUAUAAAAAGGACUUGGAAUAUUUCCUACCUGAAAUUUUCUUACCUCAGUAAUUUGGUAAUAACAUAAUUUUAGCACAGAAAAGAAAACAUAAACAGAAUACUAUAAGGCACUUUUUACUUUGUUUUUAUUGGAACCUGAAUCAAAAAAAUAUGGACUUUCACAAUUAAAAGUUUGUUUUUAAUAAAAAGAUCUACCUAUUACUAAAAAAUACGAAUUUAAAUUUAGCAGAUUAUGAAAAACUUAUAAUGUGCAACUUUUCUUAGAAUUUCAUAAUUAUUUGGGAUGUCCAUAUUUUUUUAACUCGGGAGAUACACUGAAUACAUUGCAUGUAAGAUUACCUACCUACCUAAGUGUUUUUAGAGAAAUAAUCUCGUAAAAGAAGUUUAUUGUACGUAUUAAUAUUUUUAUUUAUUUAUUUUUUAAUUGUACAUAAGAUAUAUAUCAAAAUAUGUAUAUACCAGAGACCCUAUGGAGUCUUGUAGCGAUUUAAACGUGUAUUAUAUAAAAAAUAGAAUUUUGACUUUGGGGUUCCUUUUUAUUAUGAAAUAUUUUAUUAUGCAUAAAAUCAUUGUUUUAGAUUUAUUGACGAAUUAAACAUUUCUCAUUACCAA